GUGACUGGAUAUCGUUGCCUUUGCUGUACAGCAUGGAAACAGCUUUUUAACUGAGCAGGCACCCAAAGCCAAGGCAGAGGCUUGUGACCACAAAAAUAGCCAUCUGUCCACAGUCCAGACAGGCCUUUGUGCCCUUCUAGACAGCCCCCUCCUCGGGGCUCAAGGACCUGUCUGGCUGCUGAGCUCCCAGGAGGUCUGAGGGGUGUGACCUCCCUCCCUCCUUCCCUCCCUCCCUCCACCCAGGCCCAGCCCAGGGCCGCCUAUAAAGCUGGCCCAGCCUGGCUCUCAGCACUCCAGCUGGGACCCUCCUGAGCCUCCUCCGGGGGCCACGUCCACUCUGCCCCUCCUUCUCGCCAGCAGCACCAUGCGGGCCCUGUGGCUCUGCUGGGCACUCUGGGCACUGCCCCUGGCCGGCCCCGGGGUGGCCCUGACCGAGCAGCAGAUCCUGGGCAGCCUGCUGCAGCAGCUGCACCUCAGCGAGGCACCCGCCCUGGACAAGGCCGACGUGGACGGGCUGGUCAUCCCUGCCCACGUGCGGGCCCAGUACGUGGCCCUGCUGCAGCGCAGCCACGGGGCCCGCUCCCGGGGGAAGAGGUUCAGCCAGAACUUCCGAGAGGUGGUUGGCAGGUUCCUGCUGUCCGAGGCCUCCACGCACCUGCUGGUGUUCGACAUGGAGCAGCGGCUGCCGCCCCACAGCGAGCUGGUGCAGGCGGUGCUGCGCCUCUUCCAGGAGCCGGUCCCCAAGGCGGCGCUCCGCCGGCACGAGCGGCUCUUCCCGCGCAGCGACCGCGCCCGGGUCACCGUCCAGUGGCUGCACAUCCGCGAGGACGGCUCCAACCGCACCUCCCUCAUCGACUCCAGGCUGGUGUCCAUCCACGAGAGCGGCUGGCAGGCCCUGGACGUGACGGAGGCGGUGACCUUCUGGCAGCAGCUGCGCCGGCCCCGGCAGCCGCUGCUGCUGCAGGUGUCUGUGCAGCGGGAGCCCCCGGGCCCGCGGGGCUCGGACGCCCACAGGCUGGUCCGCUUCGCCUCCCAGGGGCCGUCGGGCGGCGGGCAGGGGGAGCCGCAGCUGGAGCUGCACACCCUGGACCUCAGGGACUACGGAGCUCAGGGAAAUUGUGACCCGAAGGUGCCAGCGACCGAGGGCACCCGCUGCUGCCGCCAGGAGAUGUACAUUGACCUGCAGGGGAUGAAAUGGGCUGAGAACUGGGUCCUGGAGCCCCCGGGCUUCCUGGCCUAUGAGUGUGUGGGCACCUGCCAGCAGCCCCCCGAGCCCCUGGCCUUCAGGUGGCCAUUUCUGGGGCCUCGACAGUGCAUCGCCUCGGAGACAACCUCGUUGCCCGUGAUCGUCAGCAUCCAGGAGGGCGGCAAGCCCAGGCCCCAGGUGGUCAGCCUGCCCAACAUGAGGGUGAAGAAGUGCAGCUGUGCCUGGGAUGGGGCGCCUGUGCCAAGGAAGCUGGAGCCGUAGGCACAGCGUGCAGCCAUAGAGAGACUUGGCUUCCGUGUGUGUCAGCAAUGUUCUAGGGCACCAGAGAGAUGGGGGUUACUGAGCUGCCGAUGACACAUACUCUGGGCUUUCUAUUGGGCUCUUCUGACCAGUCAGUUCACCCCCUAAUUUGUUUCCCAGGAACAAGACUCUCUGGCCACUAGUUAGCCCCCACCCAGUCUUCGUUCUCCUUGACUGCACUGUUUUAUUCAGCGCACUGUAUCCUAAGCACUUACCUGUGUAGAUUUUGUAACCUAAGAGCAGAAACCCCAGUCUGUCAUUGUUACCCUGUCCUGUCACUGGCUCUGGGCUGAGCUCGGUGCUAUGGGUGGGAGAUGGGGCUGCUACUCUGGGCUUAAAACCUAGGGUCAAGUAUGGGCUGUGCAAUCUCAACUCAGAUACUAAGAGAAUUCUGCAAGAGGUAAAGAAAACACAUUUUAUUCUGUAUUUCUCUGUUUUACCCAGUACCCUGCAAAUUGUGAGGGAACAGAAAAUUCUAUCAGGAUUAGGUCAAUCAGAUAAGAAAACUUAAGCAAAGAGCU